AGAACUGCGCAGCGCCAAGAUGGCGGCGGCCGCGGUCGGAGUCUCCUUGAGGCGCGGAGUCCCCGCGCGGCUCCUUCGGGCCGGGCCGCGGACGGUGCUGCGGCAGGCGCAGACGGCGGCGGCGGCGCCACGGCUGAAGAAAUUCGCCAUCUACAGAUGGGACCCCGACAAGGCCGGGGACAAACCCCGCAUGCAGACCUACGAGGUGGACCUGAACAAGUGUGGGCCCAUGGUGCUCGAUGCCCUGAUCAAGAUCAAGAACGAGAUGGACUCCACGCUGACCUUCCGCAGGUCCUGCAGAGAGGGGAUCUGCGGCUCCUGUGCCAUGAACAUCGGCGGGGGCAACACCCUGGCCUGCAUCAAAAAAAUCGACAGUGACCUCAGCAAAGUCACCAAAAUCUACCCCCUGCCCCACAUGUACGUGGUGAAGGACCUGGUUCCGGACCUGAGUAACUUCUACGCCCAGUACAAAUCCAUCGAGCCCUACCUGAAGAAGAAGGACGAGUCCAAGGAGGGCAAGCAGCAGUACCUGCAGUCCAUAGAGGACCGCCAGAAACUGGUCACUGCAAUUUCAGUGCUGAAACCCCUCCCAGAGCAGCCCAGGGACACAGCUGAGCCCUCAGCCCCUUCCCUGUCCCACACCCCCUCCCACAGUGUGGGACACGGCCCCACAGCUGGGGCUGCUGGCUCAGGGUGGGGAGCUGGGCUUGCCAGGGGGGCUCUGAUCCCAUUGCCCCCCAUCCCAUUCCCCUGUGGAAUUCCUGCUGCUGGGAGCGCUCUGCAGGUUCCAGGCUGGGGUAUUCCAGUGGGGAGAGGGUAUCUGGCUGUGCUCCCACCUCACUGGGCUUUUGCAGCCUGGAAAGCUCCUGGGAAAAGCUCAAGUGCAAGAUUUGGGGUGUCUGUCUUGAGCAGGGGGAUUUUGAGGGGAGUUUUUUGAGCUCUUUACAAGGCUGAUGGUGUGGCCGAGGUCUGGGGUGGAUUUCCAUGGCUGCCACAGGGAUUAGCAGCAGAUAGGAAGGGUUUUUCCCCUGAGCUGCCAGGAUGGAUCCAUCAUUCCAUGAUUCCGAGCUCAGCCCGUCCCUGCUCCGCUGGGAGGUGCCAGAUCUCCAUGUUGGGAGGGAGAGGUGGAUGUGAGCAGCAGGAAGGGAGGCUGAGCAGAGGGCUUCAGGGAAACACUGCAGGUGUCCCCUGGGGGUCUGCAAGCUGACAUCCCAUAAUAGCCCCUGGUGUGACACCUGAGGAGCCCCAGGGCUGGACAGGCUGCAGGAAUCUCUGUCCAGGGGCAGCACCUCCAGCUUCUCUGAUCCCUGUGAGCUCCAAAGGGAGUUUCCCUGCCCUGGGAGUCCCUUCUUCAGCCAGGUGGGAACCAGAAAACCCAAAAGCCACACCUGGAAAAUGGCUCUUGAUCCCUUUGCUGGAAUUCCUCUCCCUUUGGGAUCAGCCUGCGUGCAGGAGAAACUUGGAUUUGGCUGAAAAAUUCCUUUAAACCUUUGAUCCUUUGGAGUGGUGCAGUUAAAAAUGAGAUUUGGAGUGAGGAGGGGGAGCUCUGCCCUCUGGGCUGACAGCUCUUCCCAAAGGCUUGUUAGGAGCUGCUGGGAAUUUUGGCACCAGGAAUCUCCCUGAGCUCAAACUUUUAUCCCAAAAUAACUUUCAGGAAUGUGAAUUAAGCCAGAUUGGGCUCUGUCUCUGUCUGGGAGAAGUUGCUGGGCCACAGGGAGGCUCGGGGGAGCCUGAGCUCCUCAGUUUCCUGUCCAGGAUGGGAAAUCAGCUCCUCAUUCCAGCAGGAAUGAGCAGAGCUGCCUGGAUCACUUCCACGUAGAACUGAGCUCCUCCUGUGCCUGGAAAAAAAACCUGCCCGUAAAAACAGGGAAGUGAUCCAGGCGGGAAGUGAUCCAGGACCUGCCCUGUUCCGUGCCAGGGUGCCCUCACGGACAGGCUGCACCCGGAGCUGCCAGGCAGACUCUGCCCUCCCUUCCUGCUGAGCACCCCUGGGAUUGUCCACUGGGGACAAAUCCCUGCCUGUCCUGGCUGGGAUGGGCUGGGAGAGCUGGGAGUGCAGGAGAGCCCGAGGUGGGAGUGCAGGAGAGCCCGAGGUGGGAGAGCAGGAGAGCCCGAGCUGGGAGAGCAGGAGAGCCCGAGCUGGGUGUGCAGGAGAGCCCGAGCUGGGAGUGCAGGAGAGCCCGAGGUGGGAGAGCAGGAGAGCCCGAGCUGGGAGUGCAGGAGAGCCCGAGGUGGGAGUGCAGGAGAGCCCGAGGUGGGAGUGCAGGAGAGCCCGAGCUGGGAGAGCAGGAGAGCCCGAGGUGGGAGUGCAGGAGAGCCCGAGGUGGGAGAGCAGGAGAGCCCGAGCUGGGAGAGCAGGAGAGCCCGAGCUGGGAGAGCAGGAGAGCCCGAGCUGGGAGAGCAGGAGAGCCCGAGCUGGGAGUGCAGGAGAGCCCGAGGUGGGAGAGCAGGAGAGCCCGAGCUGGGAGAGCAGGAGAGCCCGAGCUGGGAGAGCAGGAGAGCCCGAGCUGGGAAUGCAGGAACUCAAGGCAGGGGUGCAGGAGCCCAAGGCAGGGGUGCAGGAGAGCCCAGCAGCUCUCCCUUCCUUUCCAGGCCGUGCCCUUCCCCUGCUGCCCCAGACCCUGGUUCAUUGUGUGGCUCCUGGAACCAUGGAAUGAAUACCCUGAGCUGGAAGGGGGCCAUGAGGACCCUGGGGAGACCACCAGGGACCCUGGUGGGGCCAUGAGGAAUGUGGAGGGGCCACGAGGAACAUGGGGGGACCACAAGGACCCUGGCAGGGGCAAAAGAACCAUGAGGGGACAAUGAGGACCAUGGGGGGACCACAAGAACCAUGGAGGGGCCAUGAGGACCCUGGGGGGACCACAAGGGCCCUGGGGGGCUACAAGGAACAUGGAGGGGCCACAAGGACCAUGGGGGCAGCUCCUGGCCCUGGUCUGGUAGGGUGGGGAUUGUUCCCUUCAGGAAUUGCUGCCUGACACAGGAGCUGCUCCGCGGGGACAGGGGUGGAUCCCUGUGUCACCAGCCCCGUGUGACAGCCUGCCUGUCCCCUCCCUCGCAGGACGGGCUCUACGAGUGCAUCCUGUGUGCCUGCUGCAGCACCAGCUGUCCCAGCUACUGGUGGAAUGGGGACAAGUACCUGGGCCCUGCCGUGCUCAUGCAGGCGUACCGCUGGAUGAUCGAUUCCCGGGAUGAGUUCACGGAGGAGCGCCUGGCGCAGCUGCAGGACCCGUUCUCGCUGUACCGCUGCCACACCAUCAUGAACUGCACCCGCACCUGCCCCAAGGGGCUGAACCCUGGCAAAGCCAUCGCUGAGAUCAAGAAGAUGAUGGCCACCUACAAGCAGAAGGCAGCGACUGCCUGAGGGCUGAGUGACCCCGGAGUGACCCUCACACCUGUGCAGGGUUACCUGUGCACCUGCAAUAAAGGCUGUAAAGAACA